GACUAGCUAGGAACCGUAGAAGAAAAAGAAGGACCUAACCAAGAGCUUCUCUCCUCCUCCUCCUUCUUGCGGUGGCCGGUGCAGCGUGGCGCGGGAGGUGGCAGACGACGCAAUAAUGUCUUCCCAUGGUGGGACCACCACUACGCCACCACCCUUAAAUGUCACCAUGGUGGCUGUAGAGAAAGACAAGAACAGUGGCUAUGCCUUCCGUUGGACAAUUGAACACAUUGAUAACCCAGUCAUCAUUGCAGUCCAUGUCAAGCACAAAAACAUUCCUCAUCAUGAGGGUACCAAUGUUUUUCCUCCCGACGAAGACGAUAUAGCCCAUGUUUUCAAGCCCUUACGUCACAUGUGUCAUGGAAAAGUUGUUAUGUUGAAAGAAGCCGUAAUCGAUGAUAGUGAUAUUGUGAAAGGAAUUGUGGAAUAUGCACAGAGAAAUCGCGUCAAUACUAUAGUCGUUGGUGCACCCCACUCGUCCAGGAAUACUUUGGCACGAACUCUGAACCUGAGGAGCGGAAGCAAAAAAUUUAAAGGCCAUCACGAUGUGUCAACAGGCGUAAUGAAAUCAGCUCCAGAUUAUAGUUCAGUGUACGUAAUUUCAAAAGGGAAGAUAGUGGGAGCUCGACCAGCAAUACGCCCAAUGAUAAACGUGGUUCCAUCACAAAAGGAAAAUGGAGUAAGGACAUAUUCACAUAGAAGAGGGAGCACCAAUGGAAGAUCAGAAAGAUCAGCUCUACUUGAAAUGCCAAGGUGUUCUUCAGCUGGUCAGACAAUGAAUCAGAGGUCACUAUUUAGCCAUACCUCAGGUUAUAGUGACUCUUCAGGGUCGCAUAAGUUUGAGUCAGCAGAUGGAAAUAAACAAGAUUGUGAUUUAGGCUCUACAUCAGAUUCCCAAUUCUUAGGAGAUAUGGAAGCUGAGAUGAGAAUGUUGAGGCUUAAACUGAAGCAAACUAUGGACAUGUACAACUCAACAUGCAAAGAUGUAAUCUUAGCACAAACCAAGGCUAAGGAGAUUAACCAAUGGAAGGAGGAACGUAUAGCUGAGGAAGCUACUAAGUUGCCUAAAGAGGCAGCUCUAGAACUGGCAGAAAAGGAGAAAGUUAAAGCUCAAGCUGCCUUGGAAGCAUAUGAGGAAGCCAUUAAGAUGGUUGAAAAGGAAGCACAAAGAAGAAUUCAGGCAGAGGUGAAGGCUAGGAGAGAGGCGCAAGAAAAGGAUCGAGCAUUAAAUCUGUUGAUUAUCAACGAUACUCGGUACAGAAAAUACAGUAUAAAGGAUAUUGAAGAGGCCACUCAGAAGUUUUCCCCAUCAUUGAAAGUAGGUGAAGGUGGAUAUGGACCUGUGUUUAGAGGCCAACUUGAUCACACCCCGGUUGCAAUCAAAAUUUUAAACCCUGAUGCUUCCCAUGGAAGGAGGCAGUUCCAACAAGAGGUUGAGAUAUUAUGCAGCAUAAGGCAUCCUAACAUGGUCCUCCUCCUUGGUGCGUGUCCCGAGUACGGAUGCCUAGUGUAUGAGUACUUGGAGAAUGGUAGCUUAGAAGAUAGAUUGUUGAUGAAAAAUGACAGCCCUCCGAUUCCAUGGUGGAAACGUUUUGAAAUAGCUGCUGAGAUUGCAACUGCACUCCUUUUCCUUCACCAAACAAAGCCAGAGCCAAUUGUGCACCGGGACCUUAAACCCGCAAACAUUCUCUUGGACAAGAACUUUGUGAGCAAAAUAAGUGAUGUUGGUCUUGCAAGACUAGUGCCACCAUCUGUGGCUGACUCUGUCACACAGUAUCACUUGACUGCAGCUGCUGGAACCUUUUGUUACAUUGAUCCUGAGUACCAACAAACAGGAAAGUUAACAAAAAAAUCAGAUAUCUAUUCCUUGGGGAUAAUGCUACUACAAAUCAUCACUGCCAAGCCUCCAAUGGGGCUUGCACACCAUGUUAGGAUGGCAAUUGAGAAGGAAACAUUUUCAGAAAUGCUUGAUAUUAUGAUCAGUGAUGUGCCACUGGAAGAGGCUCUAGCAUUUGUCAAACUCUCAUUGAGUUGUACAGAGCUCAGCAAAAAGGACAGGCCUGAUCUUGCAACAGUGGUGGUGCCAGAGCUUAACCGUUUAAGGGACUUUGGAUUGGCAUUUCAGAACCGUAGCCACCCUCCACACCUUCCCACGCCUACGCGAAGUCCACGAUCAAGUACUUAAAAUAGGUUCCAUGUUGGUAUGUUGACUCACCUGCCAUGUUGAUUUGUGUAUAAUCAUUUACUCCAACUAACUUCUUUGCGGCACGCAUUGUUGUGUUGUGAAUGCAAGUUUCCAACAGUUUUCUUGUAAUGGAAGAGUUCCUUUUAAUCCAA